AUGUUGGAGACCAUAAUUUUUAUGGAUAAAUGGGGCUAUAAGGUUCUCCGUUGCACGGUGAGAAACUAG